AUGCACAUCCUGGUCGUCAAUGAUGAUGGUCCACCAAGCACCAACCUCUCACCAUAUCUUCGACCUCUAGUCGACACCCUCAAAGCAAACGGCCACCAAGUCUCCGUAGCAAUCCCGGCAGCCUCACGCUCCUGGAUCGGCAAAGCCCACCUAAUCGAAGCCUCCCUCACAGCAAGCUACGUACACCCAGACGCCUUCCACGCCGACGGCAGCUGGGACACGAGCUUCGAAUCCCCAGACCCCGAAAACGACUGGGUAGUGAUCCGCAACGGCACACCAGCCAGCUGCGCACAACUAGGUCUGUACAACCUGUUCAGUGAGCGCGCGCCUAUCGACCUCGUCAUCUCGGGCCCGAACCACGGCCGCAAUGCCUCUACCAUCUACAACCUGUCCUCGGGGACGGUAGGCGGUGCGCUGGAAGCGGUGUUCUGUGGUAAGCGCGGGAUUGCCAUCUCGUUUGGUAGCAAGGAUCCGCAGCCUGAUGAUGUUAUUGCCGCGGCCGCGAGACUGGCUGUCAGAGUCGUGCGGCAUCUGUUUGAGAACUGGGAUGAGCGCGUGGAGCUUUAUAAUAUCAACGUCCCGAUGGUUCUGGAUGUUGAGGAGAGGCCUGUGCUGUAUACACACACGUUGCCGUAUUAUUGGCCCAGGGGCUGUUUGUAUGCCGAGGAGGGGGUGAAAAAGAAGGUUAAUGGUGUGAACGGUGUUCAUGUCAAUGGCGAAACGAAUGGCUACAUGAAUGGUCAUAUGAAUGGCCAUAUGAAUGGCCAUACGAAUGGCACGUAUGUUAAUGGACAUGCUCAUGCGCCAGCCAGACAGCGCCACUUCAAGUGGUCUGCUGAUUUGUCGGAUAUGAAGAAGACGUUGCAGGAGAGUGAGGUUGGCACGGAUGCUCAUACUGUGCUCAAUGGGUCGACUAGUGUGACUGCCCUCCGAGCCAACUUCUGGCAUGUCCCCGGUCUUGAAGGGCCGCUGGACCUUGAUUCUUGA